GUUCGCGUCUCAAGACGGCCCAACUCGAAACAGCAGCCAAGUCAAAUUUGUCAAAGUGUCGAUUCCACUAAAAAAGAGUUGCGACUCUCUCAUCCAGUCUUUAUUCGACUGUGAGUUGGUCAAGUCGGCUAGCCGGUUUUUGUGAAGGGUAUGUUUCUCAUUCUAUUCCGUAUUUUGUUAUUCAUUGAGAAUUUAUGCUGUGGCGAUUUGCGACACAUUCCACGACCACGACCACGAUAACUUCAUUGGACCAAUAAGUACCAGUGCCCCAUUCAUCCGAAUAGUGUUCCACUUUGUUUAGACCCUCUUGCGAUCGGCUCCUUUAUACGAUAUUUUCAAUCCAUCUUAACUGUCUCCAAUGUUCAUAAUCACCCUCUCCUUGAGCCAUUCCGUGAUGCUAAUAUGUCGCCCCGUAGGCAUCUCUCUGGAUUGCUAGCCAGGAGGCAGUUUACCAUGUCUUCUAACAGUACAAACGCCGACACGUCCACACCGGACGCAGUGUCGAGCCCGUCUGAUAGUCCGUCUAAUAGCCCGUCUGUGAGCCCGACUGAGACUACGUCUACCAGUCCUCCAGCUGAGACUUCCAGUAGUACACCACCACCUCCCGAAACCACUUCUAUCAGCACCUCCGAUCCGCCAACUCCAACUCCAGACCCGACAACAUCAACUUCUACUUCAGCACCACCACCGCCACCUUCCUCCACGUCUGAGACUACAAGUACUUCAGCCCCUGCACCGUCUACUCCUACGUCGACAUCGACAUCAGCCCCCCCAACCCCAACCCCCACGUCACCGACAUCGACACCGUCUAGCUCUACUUCGGAGGCUCCAACUCCGACUCCAACAAGCGUGAUCAUCACUACGACGCAAAUAACCACUGGGGAAGAUGGAAGCACACAAUUUAUCACCGUUACCUCAACCCAGGUGACCGCGCAGCCUGCGCAGCCGACAAGUCAGACAUCUACGGCAGGCCCAUCUGACGCAAUUAUAUCCCCAGGUGCUUCUAGCUCGCCCCAUAUGGGUGAGCAGGCCAAGAUUGCCGUUGCUGUUGUAGUUCCAAUUGCUGCUGUGGCGUUGCUAGUUGCUGCCGGUAUCUUCUUCUGGAGGAGACGAAAGCAACGAAAGGAUGCUGCAGAGGAGAGGCGGAAAGAAGUAGAAGACUACAGCUACAACCCAAAUGACGACCCGACUUUGCCGGAAGUAGGAGCCGCUGGUGCCGCAGGAGCCUACGAGAUGAAGGAAGAUGGAUCAGGCUAUCGUGGAUGGGGAUCUACCACUCUGGCGGGUUCAACUGGGAGAAAAGCUUCCACCACAAUGUCUGGUGGAGCAGCAGGUGUGGCCUAUUCAGAUGCAACAUCACCAACCAGGGGUAACUUUUCUGAUACGAGAUCAGGAGAUGGCCUAGUGAACGAUCGUUCUGGCUCGCCAACUGAAGGUGAGAUCCUCGGCGCCAUGGGCCCAACUACCGAUGGCAAUAACGGCACCGGUGAUGUUCGCCGUGGACCCUCCAAUGCCUCGUCGUCCUAUAGUGCAGCCGGCAGAUCAGAUGGCUCUGGGGAGAAUGGCGCCUCUUACGGAGGUCCGCCUUACCUAGAUCAAUACGGCGGGAACAACCCGUAUGCUGACGGCGCAUACGGACAACCUGUUAUACGGGACAACCCAGCUCGACGCAAUACCCGCAUUGAGAACCCGUCGCACUAUCCCCAACAAAGCACCGGUAUCUCUCAAAAUUUUUGAUUUCUCUGUACUGGUUUUCCGUUACUGUUCAGAUGAUACCCGAACCUGGACAACAAUAUAUCUUCUCUCGGGCGACGGUAUUAUGUCGUGUUUUA